AUGAAUUUCGCCGGCAAAGUUGUAAUUGUUACUGGUGCGAGCUCCGGCAUUGGAGCUGCGACAGCCGUAUUCUUAUCUAAGUUAGGAGCCAAGCUAUCCCUUACCGGUAGAAACAUCGAGAAUUUGCAGAAAGUCAGCAAAAACUGCGAAACCAAUACGUCUACAUUUUCCGUGACUGCGGAUUUGACGAAAGAAGCCGACAUAGAAAAUAUUGUCAAGAAAACCGUUGAUCAUUACGGGCAGAUAGAUGUUCUUAUCAACAAUGCGGGAAUUAUUGAAACUGGUACAAUAGAAACCACAUCUUUAGCUCAGUAUGACCGCCUUAUGAAUACAAACGUGCGAUCAAUUUAUUACUUAACAAUGUUAGCGGUGCCACAUUUAUUAAAAACUAAAGGCAACAUUGUAAAUGUAUCUAGCGUCAAUGGUAUAAGAUCUUUUCCAGGAGUUCUCGCCUACAACAUAUCAAAGGCCUCGGUCGAUCAGUUCACUAGAUGUGUUGCUUUAGAAUUGGCUCCGAAGGGUGUCCGGGUAAACUGUGUAAACCCUGGAGUCAUUCUUACAGAACUACAAAAGCGUGGCGGUUUAACUGACGAGCAAUACUCUGCAUUCUUAGAGAGGACAAAGGAUACACAUGCUCUAGGACGCCCCGGAAAACCAGAUGAAGUGGCAGCAACAAUUGCUUUUUUGGCUAGUGACUUAGCUAGCAAUAUAACUGGAGCUAGUCUGCCUGUAGAUGGUGGCCGCCACGCCAUGUGUCCUCGAUAA